ACCAGCAGGGCGGAGUACGGCAUUGUUGAGCAAUACGAGCAAUUCUUGGUGUUGACUUUUUGAUUUACUGUAACACCAUACGCCUACUAGUAAGUUGUGAAUUAUCUGCGGUGAAAGCCAAAGUAUUUCAAUUGACGGAUUAGUGUAGUUAAAUACGCCUAAAUAGUGGGUCUGGUCCAAAUGAGUCGUCGGGGUUCGCCUCUGUGAAGAAAGGGAGAGAUAUAACUGCACUCUGUCACAACGGUUUUAUCCACUCAUUCUGAGCCAAAUAAGCGAUGCUGGUCACCGUUUUCUGCGCACCGAGGGAUCGGCCAGAAAGCACAUUUGCCCUCGAUGUAUCCCCGGAGCUGGAGCUGAGAGACUUUGUAGCACUUUGUGAACUCGAAUCAGGAAUCCCUGCCGGGGAAAUUCUGAUCUCCUAUGUAGAGCAGCCCCUAAAAGACCCGACUCGUGCCUUGGGGACCUACGGCGUAAAGGAUGGAGAUGUGGUGGUUCUCAGGCAAGCGGAUAGAAGGCCACCGCCAACCCAGCCAGCCUUCCCAGGUCUGCCCCAUAUCGACUUUCGCUCCAUCACAGUCCCUGGCGCCUCUUCUUCCACCGCUCCUCUUAGUACCGUCAGGGCACCACAACAGGCUCCACAGCAGACGCAACAACAGCCGCCACCACCACAACAACAGCAGCAGCAGCAGCCGCUGCAGCGUAACGCACAACCUUCCACACCAACGACCAGUCGCGGGUCCACCUCGACCCAGGGGCUGGAUGACCCUGCCUUACUCCAGCAGAUGCUCCUGGCCAAUCCACACGAGCUGUCUCUCCUGAAAGAGCGAAACCCGCCUCUUGCCGAGGCCCUGCUGAGCGGUGAUUUAGAGCGUUUCACCAAAGUGCUGCUGGAGCAACAGCAGGAUCGAGCCAAGAGGGAGCAGGAGCGAAUCCGGCUGCUGACUGCAGAUCCUUUUGAUUUGGAGGCUCAGGCGAAAAUCGAGGAGGAUAUCAGGCAGCACAACGUCGAAGAAAACAUGACCAUUGCCAUGGAGGAGGCUCCAGAAAGCUUCGGGCAGGUGGUUAUGCUCUACAUUAACUGCAAAGUCAACGGACACCCCGUGAAAGCUUUUGUUGACUCAGGGGCUCAGAUGACCAUUAUGAGCCAAGCGUGUGCCGAGCGAUGUAACAUCAUGCGCCUGGUGGACCGCCGUUGGGCCGGCAUUGCCAAGGGAGUGGGCACACAGAAGAUCAUUGGCAGAGUUCAUUUGGCUCAGGUCCAGAUUGAAGGGGAUUUUCUUCCCUGUUCUUUCUCCAUCUUGGAGGACCAGCCCAUGGACAUGCUGCUUGGCCUGGACAUGCUCAAGAGACACCAGUGUUCAAUCGACCUAAAGAGAAACGUGCUUCUCAUUGGCACAACGGGCACAGAGACUCGCUUCCUGUCCGAGGCCGAGCUGCCCGAAUGCGCCCGGCUGGCAUAUGGGCCCGAGGGGCGCGAAGACGGUCGUCCAGAAGAGAUAGCGGACAGAGAGCUAGCAGAGGCGCUUCAGAGGUCCAUACAGGAAAGCGACACUGCAGAUGGACAGACUACCUCACCGCAGCCAUCGUCAUUACCCACAAUCUCAGACCAGAUGUCCUCACCAACCAUUGAUCCCUCCCUCAGCCCGUCCCCAAGCCAGCAGAACCAAAUCCUGGAUUCACAGUCCACCAAGGUCCCUCUUGAUCAGGCCUCAGGACCUGGACUUUGCCAGGACCAACAUGGCCCCCAGGAGGUUCCUCUGCCUACAGAGGAUGAUGGUUCUACAGCACAGGAGGUGCCCAGUCCCCAUCUGCCAGACAAUAGCAUCUCUGUUGAAGCACCUGAGCCCAGUCAGUCACCAGAUGCCCUCCAGUGUCCAAAGCGUGGCGCUGGCCCUGGAGAAUUAACAGAGGGAGAGGACAGCUCCCCGCACCCAGAGCAGCUGCCCAUGGAGCAGGAGGUGACUGGGUCCGUUCCAUCUGAAGUCAAAGAAACAUGUCCCAGUAAUCCCAACCAGUCAGUUGAAAUGAACUCCCCCCACAGUGUGACCAGCUCAUGUCGGGACCAGGCCGAGGGUGAGCGCUGCCCCAGCAUCCCCUCUCUGGCUGCCGCCCUCAUGGAGCUCCAUGAACUGCUGCUCUCCAACAGCACUUCCCUCCCGCUGACACAUCCAGUCACACAUGACCCGGAGCAAGUGACACCUGAUAUCACCCCGCCGACGCAAGCCAGAGCAGAACCAAGCAAUACCAAAGCCAAACCAGCUGCUACAGCUGCUUGUGAGGGACAUUCUGAGUGUCUUGUGCUGGAUGGAGGAGGAGCAGACUCUGUUGAGGGAUCUCUGGAGCCUCCAGAAGGCUCUACAGGCCAAGAUGAAGCCAGUGACCUCAGCAUUUAUCAUCCUAAGGUGGAGAGUUGUAAUUCUGCGGGGGACUUCAGGGAACCCCCUGACGGGCAGCAGGGGAGCGGGACUGCAGAUGGAGGAGCCUCUGACACGAACACCCCAGACAUUCUCAGCUCCCAUCUCGGUUCUCUAUCCGCCGAGGAAGUCUCUAGCGCCUCCUCCGCCCCUCCUCCCGCUCAGGCCAUACCUCUAGCUCCCUUUACAGAACAAUUUCCGGCGGAACACAUCCAGAGAAUCCAGGCUGCAGGUUUUUCUGCCCACGAUGCUGCAGAGGCUCUGGAGCAGGCGCACGGGGUCGUGGAGCUGGCGCUGCUGGCACUCCUGGCCCGCAGCAUCACCGUGCCCACAUAAACUCUGAGCCGCAAACGUCUGUCUUAUUUUAACUUUGGUUCUGAUCCAGAUGUCUCAUCCCUUCCCAGAAGGGAGAAUGUCAUAGCAGGGAUAUGCUGUCACAAGUACUGAUCAUACUUUUCUUGACUUGGUGUGUAUUGCAUGCUGAUGUUGUCGGCCUAGCACCCAUCUCAAUGGUUUGAAGGUAUUUUCUACACUAGACUGGUUUGGGUUUUUCUAGUGUGUUCCAUAUUGUUCAAUGCAGAAUAUGUCAUUUAUUGUUGAACCAUUAAAUAUAUAAAUUGCUUUCUUUAAAUCUUUGUACUGUUAAGAGUUUACAUCGGUAGAGCAAUACAUUUUCUCCAUAAUACAUCAAAUUGAACGCUCUGCCAUCCUCAGUAAUCAAAUCAUGAAAUCCUCAUAUGUACAUCAAAUAUAUAACACACCAAUAUCACAGUUUAUUUUGCCUUUUGUUUUUGAAGGCUGUAUGUAUAUUUGCUGUCUGUUUUAUAUGUCAAAGACCGGGUGCUCAUUCCGAUUUAAGUGUUUUUCAUCUUGUCUACGGCUUACGAUUUCAACGUCAUCGUACACCACGGCUUUAUCCAAGUCAUCCUAUGGCAAAUUGAUUUACUUUUAAUCUUGUAUCAGAUUUUAAAUGGCAAAUAAAGCUGAUUUAGUAUUUGUAUAGUGUG